GGUGCCUGGCAACAGGAAUUGUGAUGGAGAGAGGCAUGAGCAGACCAGCUCCAGUCCUUUGACUGAUGGGGAAGAAGGAAGAAGCCUGCAGGCUACCCAUCCUUUUUAUUGUUGCUUUUCCUCAUCCCUGACAGACCCAACUGGGCAGGAAGGCUUGUGACCAACCAGGGACGGAGUGUGUGCAGACAUGGAAACAUCCCUGGAGGCACUCAGCCUCUCCCAGCUGCUGGAUCUUGCCAUUGGAGCCCCCGAUACUGGCACUGUGCAUUUUGCAGCCAUGCGAAAACUGCUGGAGGCCGUGCUGGUGCACCUGGACAGGCACUACCUGACCACCCAGGAGCCGUGGACAGGCCAGCUGAGUGGCCCCUCACUUGCCAAUGUAGCUGCUGAAGUGAAUGAAAUUAAGAAGAUUUCUGAGGAUAUGGCAGGAGGCCCUGAAGCCAGGGCAAAGGCCACAAAGACACCCCGAAAGGAUCAGGGCAAGGGUUCUCUCAUGGAUUUCCGUGAGGAGAUUGACAGGAUAAAGACAAUUCAGUCACAGACGACACAGAAGGUUAAGGAGUUGGCUGCCUUGAUAAAGAAGCUGGAGGAAGACAUUCAAAAGCUGAGGGCGGAUACAACCAAGUGGAAAGAAGAGAGCAGAAUGGAGAUCUCUGAGCAACUUGAGGCUAUGCAGCAGGAGAUGAUGCAGCAGCUGCAGAAGAUGGAAGAGCAGCAGGAGAUGAGGAGUUCCAUGCUGGAGCAGCUGGUGGCUGAGACAGCCAACCAGCUGAACGAGCAGCUGGCUGAUAUAGGGAAGAUAGCGCGGACCGUGCAGGCAGAGCAGGAGAAGCUAAAGGCAGAAUCCUCCAGCGGUACUUUCGACAUCAAAGUGCAACUGGGGGAGAUCCUGCAGCGCUGUGAGAAACUCCAGGAGCAGGUGGACUUCCUGGAGGCACGGCUGAUGGCCAUGGGCAAGCUCAAGAGGAUGAGCCAUUGGGGCCAGGACACAAACCAGAUGCAGCCCAAGCGUGCCUCAGUUGUACAGAUGCAAAAGGACUAUGAGAAGCUCAGCUUCAUCUCAGGGAGUCUCCAGAAGGACUCUCAAGAAAAGCAGAAAGCAAUAGAGAUGCUGUUCCAGUCUCUGGAGAAGCUGCAGAAGGAGAAAGCAGAUGAGCAGGACAUGUUGGCAGCAAUAGACCUGAAGGCAGACAAAGCUGCCUUGGGCAGCAAAGUCAAUUGCAGCCAGCUUGAAGCAAACCUGGAGAGGCUGGAUGAGAGGAUGCAGGAUUUGCAGAGCCAGAUUUCAGGCCAGAAGCAGCACUGUAAUGAGGUGCAGCAGAAGCUCAGCUUUGUGGAGGAAGAGAAGCUGGAUCGGCUGGAGCUGAAGGCUUUCAGUAACCAGAUGGUGGAGACCUGGAGGAGAAGCAUUUCAGAGCUCGAGAGUAAGAUCAAGGAGGAUGACACAGCUGCUGGGAUUAAGAGGCAGCUGCCAGUGCCCUUCUCGUGCCUGUCCUGUGACCGCAUGCUCUCCAUGCAGGUUCCUGGCCCGUACCCCAAGACACUCCCAUAUUUCCAGCCACUGCCCCCCAUCAAGGAACAAUGGCACAGCCAAAGGGACCUGGUGGUCCAUGGCAGUGUCCCCCGUGUGCCUCAGAGCCAUGGGGACCAUGCCAGCAGCAGUUUUACAGAGCCACCUACUCAGGAUUCUCUCAGGAGCAAGGCAGCUCUGCAAGGACUUGUGACCCUCCCUGACAAGCCCAGAGUGACCCAGCUGCUGGGCCGUGGUGGACAUACCCCGAGGGGCCAGAAUGACCAGCUUGCUGUGGUGACCAGGGCACAGGACGAGUCAGGCCCUGCUGCCUCCCGGGAUCAGCGGCUGGGCACAGCCCCCCAGCACAUCUCCAGGGCACCGGGGCUCCUCCCACCGCUCCAGCCCCACCGGGCAUCCACAGCCCCCAAGUAGCUGGACAGGACUGGGAACGCAGUGCUGCACCUCUCAGCCGAGAGGAAAGGCUGUGGCAAUGCCUCAGACAAAUAACUUUCUCGUUUUAUUAAGGUAAUAAAAAAGCCUUC